CACUAUGGCACCCCCUACCCAUAUGUAUAAAUACAAAUAUACAGAGAGGGAAUGUUCUGGGCACACAGUACAGGGUGUAUGAGAGGGGAGUGGGGAGAGGCUGCCCCUAUGUUUCCUGUUGUUCUAUAUAAUCAGUGUUUCCCUGCUGGGGAUGCUCCCCUCUCCCCGUUGCUGUUUCCAUGCCCCCCCCCCGCAGGGCUCAGGAUGCUGUGACGCCAGCGCUGCGGGUUAAUAACACUCGUUAGUGUAAGUGGAUGUGAGUGACAGUCGGAGGGUGUGAAGCUUCGCUCACUGACAGGCAGAGGGGCUGCUGGUUGGGUCGGCGAUCAGGAGCGGGAGAGAAAGUGCCAGUAUGAGCGAGGGGCACCCUGGAACUCCCGGGAACCUUCCAGCCAUAAGCGGCGGCGCCAGGAUCUCAGCAGAACCCCCCGAGACGCCUGGAGAUACAGAGGAGAAUGAUCCCCGGGGGGCCCGACUCAGCCCAGAACCGACCUGCCCCAAACACCAGAACCGGGGCUCCUCCAGGAGGAAGAAAACCCAGGGCCCCAAACUGUCAGCCAGACACAUAGAACAGGCAGCGGGGGAUGUCUCAGAUCUCUCGGCAUCUCUGCUCCUGGCCUGUCUUUUCUGCCACUUCUCUGACUGUCUCGUCCUGCUCCCUGGGACAUGUGACCUAGGCCUGCGCUGUCUCUGCUGCUCCCAGUCUCCCUCCAGCUGUCUCUCAGCCUUCCCUGACCUGUGCUGCUGUCUCUCUCCUUCCGCCUGUUCCAACACCGACUGCGGCUGCCUGGAUAUGUGCCAGCAUACGGCCGAGUGCCUGGAGUUUGCCAUGGAGGUCUCCGAGCUGUGCUACCGCUAACUGCCCCCGGACAGCUGCGCUCUCUGCCUCUUGGCCGGGCUGUUCUGUGAGGCCUCCAUGCUGUGCUCUGCCCUGCUGGCCUGUGUGAGCUGUGGCCCCUGCGCUGAUGGGGCCCCGUGUUGCUCCCCCUGUUCCUCCGGCUGCGCCUCAGUGGGGGGCUCCCUGUGCGACUGUCUAACGGCGAGUGAGGGGUGUCGCUCCUCCGACUGCCUGGAUCUGUGCCUGGAGUGCUGCGCUCUCUGCUUCCCCUCCUGACCCGCCCCAUGCCCCGCCCCCAGGGGGCCCCCCAGUCUGUGCAUGACUUUUAUAUUCCCUCUGUCCGACCAACGCAAUAAACAGCAACUUUCCUACCA